AUGGCCGCAGUUACUCAACAACGGCCUCGUGCCCGCCCAGCGCAUCCCUCCGGCCCUACCUUCUUGACAUAUACCCCGAAUGGCAAGCAAUUGGUCACAGCCGGAUCGAACAACGUGGUUAGAGUCUACGCAACAGGCUCGGAUGGGGAACCCACGAAUCUGGACGAUUGUCAGGAGAACAAUACCGCAAUUGCUGCUACUAACGACUUCUUCCUCACCGGUUCCGAAGAUGGUACCGUCUGCAUGUACUCGCUGGAUACGUACACCUAUGAGAAGAUGCUCACGCGAUGUACCCUACCCAUACGAGACAUUGCGCUGUCACCAGAUGGGCAAUGGGCUGCUGUGGCUAGCGACGAGCUAACCGUGAAGGUCGUCAAUAUCGCCGAUACUUACACGGUGCUCUAUCUACGCGACCUGCCCAGGCCCGCCAAACAUCUAUCAUUCGAUCCCAGCGGCUCGUACAUCGCUGCGUCCUGCGCCGACGGCAUUGUCUAUGUUUACAAGCUCAGCACUGAAGAGCCGGACUUGGUCAGAAAGGUUGAUGGGUUGAUCCGCAGCCUCGAUGUCGAGUCUGAGUCGAGUUCGCGAGCCGUAUGGCAUCCGGACGGGCGAGCGUUUGCUGCACCAACAGCAACGAGAGAUAUUCAAGUGGUGUCAAGUGGAGAUGGGGAGCGCCAAAGGGCAUUUUCUGGAGGUCACAUGGGAGACGUAACAGCACUCGUUUGGUCGCCAAAUGGGGCUCUGCUCAUCACCUCAGCGUCGGACAGGAAGAUCCUGUUGUGGGAUACCAAGACACAAAAGAUUCUAGCCAGAUACGAUUACCCAAGCGUAAUCAACAUGGCAUGGCAUCCAACUCAGAACAUCGUUUCCUUCGUCACAUCGGAUGGUGAAUUGUAUAUCUAUGAGGGUUUCUUGCAGCCAGACACCUUUACCCUGCUUCAAAAGCCCAUGCAAUCGUCGCCAUUCAUCAGGGAUCCACUUGCAGAAACAUCGGGAAACGCUAGCAAAGUCCUCCCCAACGGCGUCAAAGAUAAACCAGAUGCCCGCGCUAAGCGGAGAGGAACUCCAGAUUCCCUUGAUGAUAUUCUUGGUCCAGAGCUGGGAGAUGAAGAUGACUUCGUCAGCGAUGAUGAUGGGGCGGGCUAUCUGGAUGGUGUCAACGGAUUUGGAAAACGAAGUAACGGCCAUCUGGAUUCGAUCGAUGGGAUCGAUAACAAAAGAAGAGCGACUAUUCAUGCGUGGCAGCCAAGACUCCAUCAAUCCUUUCAACCUGGAAGUACGCCCUGGCGAGGCAACCGGAAAUAUCUAUCCCUGAAUCUGACCGGCUUUGUUUGGACUGUUGAUCAAGAUACCCACCAUACUGUGACCGUAGAAUUUUAUGAUCAUGAAUUCCACCGUGACUUUCAUUUCACAGAUCCAUAUCUAUAUGACAAAGCUUGCUUGAAUGAGAAUGGAACUCUGUUUUCCUGCCCUCCGGCGAAUGGCAAUCCAGCAAUGGUAUUUUACCGUCCCCAUGAGACCUGGACAACACGAGCAGAUUGGCGUACUCAGCUGCCAGCCGGAGAAGACGUGACCUCGAUAUCCCUGAGCGACUCGUACAUUGUCGUCACAACCUCAACUAACUACGUCCGUGUCUUCACAUUGUACGGCACACCGUUCAGAGUCUACCGGCAAAAGUCAUCUCCGACGGUCACAUGCGCUUCAUGGCGGGAUUACAUUCUUACGAUGGGCAAUGGGACUGUUGGUGGCGACGGAUCAACAAAGCUUUUGUACAACAUCGAGAACGUCAAACGGGAUGAAGUCUGCCAAAGCGAAGACAUUGUAGCUUUGACCGAAGGUGCUCAAGUCAAGAGCGUCUUCUUUUCGGAUAACGGUGAUCCCUGUGUCUACGACUCUACCGGCAUUCUGCUAAUCCUACAACACUGGCGGUCCCCCGGUCAGGCAAGAUGGGUACCCGUAUUGGACACAAAGCAGCUGGAACGUCUUGCUAGCGGGAGAAAGGAAGAGACCUAUUGGCCUGUUGCUGUUGCGCAAGAGAAGUUCCAUUGCAUCAUUCUCAAAGGAGGAGAUCAGUAUCCGUACUUCCCAAAACCGUUGCUUAGCGAGUUCGACUUCAAAAUACCCUGCUCCAACCCAACGCUACCAAAGGAUUCAGAAGACUCGGCUGUCCUGGAGGGCCCCAAGCUCGAGGAAUCCUUCGUUCGCAGCUCACUGAUGCUAAGUCUGCUCGAAGACCUCAUAUCGUCGACAAAUGCCACACACAGCCAACGAACCGAGCUAAGCAGACGAGAAAUCGACGUAAACAAGUCAUUGCUGCAGCUGCUGAAUGUCGAAUGCAGGGAAGGCGAAGACAGAGGCAUGAAAGCCCUAGAGAUUGUAGGCUUGAUGAGAGACCCAAGCGGGAAAAUGGUAGAGGCUGCGGGCAAAGUGGCGGGCCGGUAUGGAAGGACGGUACUGCAAGAGAAGAUCGGAGAACUGGCGGAGAAGAGGCUGUUGGGUAUAGAAGACGAGGAGUAG